CCAUUGCAGUACCUUGUUGUAUGUCAUACCCUAUACUCAUUCAGCAGAGCUCAGCUUGCUUAUAGUACAGUAUUGUGGCUGGAGGCAAGAAGUCUAUUUUUAUAAUAACGAUUAUAAAUAGUGACAGAAACAAUCCAGUGCCAUUGGAGAGAAAUCAUACGUUUUCAUAUGGUACCGAUGGAAGAAGCAGAUUUACAAAAAAUCAUUCAAGGAGUAUGAACAAACCUGGUGCAUCCACGAACAUUAGCGUUUGGGAAAUAUGAGCAAUCUUCGUGUUGAUAGGUUAAAACCAAAAUCAUCAGCAACGCAAUCUACGAGCUCAGACGAACUAAAAUAUGAUCUGACCAAACCAGCUGCUGUGGUGAUAAUUCACAACUUGUUCAAAAAUAAUCCUAAACGAAUUCGAACAGGUAGUCAGCACGACUAUAAAUUGCUGAAAGACUUUUUCAACGAACUCAAUGCAGAAGUUAUACAUGACUGUCAAGAUCUUAAAGUCAUAGAAGUGAAAACCACAAUGGAAAAAAUUAAAAAAAUGGAUUUUGGCGCAUACUCCUGCUUGAUCAUUGUCAUCAUGAGCCAUGGUGACAUACAAAAUCAAAUAUGUGCUCUUGAUGGAAACUACAAUCUAGACGAUGAUAUAGUCCAACCGACAACCGCUAACAAGUCAUUGAAAAGGAAACCAAAGAUUUUUAUCGUGCAGGCUUGCAAAGGUCCAAACCUGAUAGAAGCCGAUUGUAAUAACACAGUUCCUAGUCCAAGUGACAUUUUGAUAUGCUUCAGCACUUAUGAAGGUACUCCUGCAUUUAGAAAUGUUGACGAAGGAACGUACUUUAUUCAAAUUUUGAUUAAAAUGCUAAAGGAGAAGCCUGAAAAGUCCAUAAUGGACAUCAUGCCAUUGAUGAGAAGAGAAUUUGAGUCGAAAAGAAUACAUCAGGUACCAGCUGAAACUACAACCUUAACAAAAUUGUUCUUCUUUCAUGAUCUCAAGAAAAAAACCGAAAAAAAUCCCGCGAAGGAGAAAUAGCAUAUUCUAUGCCGUUCUACGCAUAUUAUUUCCGCGGUCCAUGAGGUAACACGGGACAAGUAGGCGUAGAAGGGCAGUAUACCAGGUGAAAUGACCAUCCGAAGUCCCCAUAAUAAUGGUCCAUCACAGUCUUACAUACGUCUUUGCUCCGACUUGAUCACGAACAACAUAAAAACAUACUAACACGUGAAGAGACCGAACCAAUCUUGUUUAGACAAACUUUCGGUAAUUUUAUAUGAGUGGCUUGAAAGCAAAGAGGUGAAGUGGUAGUUUGGUGGAUUUUGAUUCAGGUCAUUGCAAACUAUCAACAGUGUUAUUAUCUAGUCAGCUUGAAAUACUCUCGAAUACUUCAGUACUCAUGCACGUUCAUUCCUCUACAUUUAAAGAUUGUAAUGUGUAGCCUUAGUUAAUAAAAUCAGUUUAACAAAAAUUA